AUGAGGGCUAGGUGUGAGGUAUUCAUUCUUUUGGUUGCCAGUCUCAUGAUUGAGAUCGUGCCCACAGCGGAGCUUCGACAAAGUCAGGCUCUCCUGAAUGGCAAGAGGACUUGGCAAUUCAAAAGUCUUCUCCAGGUCAAGGAAUACUACCUAGAGAUGUCCCGUGCUGAUUGUGCUCAGAGCGUGGCUAUGCUUCCAAGGAAAAUUAAAGAUUUUAUAAAGGAAUUACCCUUCGGACGUCGAAUGAACAGUGGACCUAACAACUUUUGUCGCCCCCUUGGGAAGAGCCUCCUUCAUAAACCAAUAUCCCUAAACCCCUGGGGGCACCCGCUGGUGUGUGGGGAAUCCCGCUACCUGAUGGACGGACAUUGGCAGAUCCCUUUAGGCAGCUUCCGUUCUUCAAUUUGGUUCGUCAUGCGUAUACAGUAUUCAUAUGGUAUUAUUCUUCAGAUAGCAUUGGCUCAUGAGUUCGAAGCACUGGUUCGCGAGGACUCUCGCUUCGAAAUCUUCUUCCCUGUUACUCUUGGACUGGUGUGCUUUCGCCUCAAGAACGAAAACAAUGACGUGAAUGAUAGUCUCCUGAAAAGUGUCAACGCAGGCGGCGUCAUCCACAUGGUUCCUUCCAAGGCCAAGGACACGUACUUUCUCAGGUUCGUAGUGUGCUCCAGAUUUACGGAACACGAAGAUAUCGUUAGAGCCUGGCAAGAAGUGAAGAAAAUGGCUGAUAAGAUCCAGCCCAAGCAUUAAUAGAUAUCUACAAAGAAUCUUCCCUUGAGAACACCAUGGUGAUGGUCUUUACCGAGGCAGAACCACACAUUAGGAACAAAACUAAAGGCAUACUUUCUGUAACUUACAGAGGCCAAACAUAGAAAUGAUAAUUGUCAUAUAUAUACAUAU